AUGAGGAUGCAGGUUCGAAACCCGUGUGAGAAAUCCAUGCUUCGGCACGUACGGGUCGGCUCGGCCGGAGUGAUACCACGACCUCCGAGAAAACCGGUGUGGAACAACCGCAGUGUUUUGUUUAGCCGUGGUAGCGACGGCCUCAUGCACCGGGCUUUAGUUCAGACCCUGGAGCGGAGGGAGAGGAACUGGGAAGUCAUCUCUUUCUGCGAAGUGGUCAUGCGAGCUAAGGAGAAGGCUGAGCAACGAUCGUCGAGUAUAGAAAGACGAUCUUCAGCUGGACGCUUUGGGUCCUACGCUUAG